UGGAGAAAGAUAUAAUGUCCUGAUUAAAAAAAAAUCUUUGUUGCAGUCAUCCAGAAGGGGAACUGCUUCAUCCUUCUUCGACACCCCAAUCAAUCUUAACAAUAUAAUCUCAAAUUCAUGAGUUGUCCCAAUAAUAUACACAAAGUGAGAUUAUUCGUCACUACGGUUAUGUUCAAUACAAUUUAAAUGCACAACUGUGAAUACUGCUCUUAAGAGUUUUUUUUUCCCUUUGGAAAGCCGUGCUAAAUGCACACAAUGCCUGAGCUCUCGGUCACAGUUAGGAUUGCCUGAGCAAGACUCAGUAAUUGUUUGCCACAUGCAGUAGAGAACGGUUCGGGGGUUCUUUUUUCUAAAAUUAUCAGAUAAUAUUUAUUAUUGUCAAGUCUGCUCGGACGAGAGCUUGCCGGGUGAAUUCAAACAGUCGCGAUUUCUUUCUCAGUGCGGUUCCAGCAGCAACAUAAAUCUCAUUAAAUGCGUAGUGCACCUGCCGGAGCUCUGGUUGGUACAGGGGCUGUCAGAACGCCGUGGAAAUGCUUUGCAAGCGCACAGUCCAUCACGCAGCUUAGAGGGUAACCACCGAACAACCAAAAGCCGAGUCAAGUGGACGCAAGGGAAGCAGAAGGAGAAGUUGGCGAGGAAACGGAUUUUUCCAACCAUCCCAAUGUUACCUCGUCUUGAAUUCCACCUUGGAGUCAACUGGAAAUGAUGUCGAUUACAGCUUCCGCACUUCUGGGACAGAGUUUGGGAAUGCGUUUGCUGUGAGCAGUCUUUGCAGGUUGUCUCCCGCAGUAAGUAAUCUAGAUAAUGUCACUAUAAAAACACAAACAGCCUGGGUAGGAAUGCGCACCUCAACCCACGGUGUAUGGAAACGGUGGGAAUUGAACUGCCCUUACCGUUUCCCCCCAAUAGGAUCAGUGGCUGCUUGCGGAGUUCACUUUAUCAUUCCGCUUGCUCAUUACAAUCGGAAGCCUGGAUACAUUUUCUUUCAUCUUUAAGUGUCGCUACUCAAUCGUUUUUCAUUAUGAACAAGUUCACACUGUAUGUGUGCAUCCACGGAAGGCCACGUGAUGGUCUGUAAUGCUCGCCUGUUUGUCUCCUUCAUCUUUCAGCUUCAGCCUCACACUGGCAUCUUCAAUAUGCUCUAGGUCCCCAAUAUCGCGCCAAUUUCCAGUCGUGAGCUUCCACCUCUCCUCUUCCACCAAAUUAAAACAAAAACCAAGAGGCCAAGCUGUCUGACGCUUGCACGCUUUGACAGGACAAACAAAAUGAACGGGUUAAAUUGGAGAGGGGCGAUAUGGCCACGCGGGUCUCCCUGGGUCAUUGGCGACUUGCGCACAGAAUUAACUCGACAUCAAAGUGCAACAGUUACAGUAAAUCCCAUAACCAGCAAGCUUAAUAGCAUCACUUUAUCUUUUUGUUUGCUUCCAGCGUUUUCACUCGGCUGCCUGUGUACAGAAACGUGUGACUGACCUGUGCAGUUUCGGCACAGUGUGCAUUUGGACAUCAAAGCGCUCCAGAUGUUCUUCAUCGCUGGUUUCUUUCAAGGCGAAGAUUUCCCUCUGUCCCAGAGGAGAGGUUAAAUCUUUCUGACACAUUUACAGCCUCAUCAGUGCUAACUACACAUCAGUUUGAAAUGAUGGCGAAUUCAACAGAGCGAAAUGAAUCUCUCAGCAACCUAACAGACAUCUUUGAUACUGAAAGAGGGAGCUCUUACAAAACAGUUGAAGUGGUCUUCAUUGUAAUUGUAGCCGGAUCUUUAAGCUUGGUGACCAUCAUUGGAAACAUUCUAGUCAUGGUUUCUAUCAAAGUAAACAGACAUUUACAAACUAUUAACAACUAUUUUAUUUUCAGUUUAGCCUGUGCUGAUUUGAUUAUUGGGGUAUUCUCUAUGAACCUAUACACCAUUUACAUUGUAAUUGGCUACUGGCCUAUGGGCCCUGUAGUAUGUGAUUUAUGGCUUGCUCUAGAUUAUGUUGUCAGUAAUGCCUCUGUCAUGAAUCUCCUUAUCAUCAGCUUUGACCGGUACUUCUGUGUAACAAAGCCCCUUAGUUACCCCGUGAAGAGAACAACAAAAAUGGCAGGUAUGAUGAUCGCAGCUGCUUGGGUGCUGUCCUUUAUCCUGUGGGCUCCUGCUAUUCUCUUCUGGCAGUUCAUUGUAGGGGGGCGAACGGUUAGUGAGGGUGAAUGUUAUGUACAGUUCUUCUCAAAUCCAGCUGUCACUUUUGGCACUGCUAUAGCUGCCUUUUAUCUUCCCGUUAUUAUAAUGACGAUUUUGUAUGUACAUAUAUCUCGCGCCAGCAAGAGUCGAAUUAAGAAGGAUAAGAAGGAAACAGAAUCAAACAAGGGCACCAUUUCUCCUAGUCUAGUAAAAGGCAAAAUAAUAAAACCAAAUAAUAACAACAUAUCAAAUGCUCCUGAUGGGUUGCCACACUGCAAAAUGCAAAAUGGUAAAAUAACUGGUGAUGUAACAACUGAUAAUUGUGGCCCAGGAGAGGAGAAGGAGCUCUCCAAUGAGUCAACUUCACUCAGUGUGGUCCCAUCAAACCAGAAGGAGGAAGGAGUGAUCCAAGAGAGCAGAAACAUCUCUACUACGCAAAGCCGUUUCAAGAUGGACAACUCCAAACUGUCUUGCAUAAAGAUAGUCAGCAAUUCUCAAAAAAGUGACUACUGUGGCACCACAGUAGAAAUAGUGCCAGGUAGCAGCAGCAAGAAUGGGAAUGACAGAGAGAUCAGAACAGCUCAUAAGAUCAUUAAAAUGACCAAAACCCCUGCAAAGAAGAAGAAGGUUGCUGUAACCCGAGAGAAAAAGGUGACUAGAACCAUCCUGGCUAUUCUCUUGGCAUUUAUCAUCACCUGGACCCCAUAUAAUGUCAUGGUGCUCAUUAACACCUUCUGCUCAAUCUGUGUCCCCAACACAGUCUGGACUAUUGGAUACUGGCUCUGUUAUAUCAACAGUACAAUCAACCCAGCCUGCUACGCACUGUGUAAUACUACCUUCAAGAAAACCUUCAAACACCUUCUCUUGUGUCAGUACAAGAACAUAGGUGCAACUAGGUAAAACAACUAUAAGCACAACUUUAUGAACAUUUUAUACAUAUUGAGGAUAGUUACUUUCAUAUUGUACAUCCAGAAAUAUAUGUAUUGUGUUAAUUGUGACAGAUUAUGAUCAAGUAGACUCCUAUAUAUAAUAUUGAAAGCACAUUUGAAUUAUAUCCAUUGAACAUAUAAUGUCUGUUGUAAAUCAAGAGUGUGCUGAUUAUUAGAAUGUAUUUAUGAAUGAGCUAAAAGAUAAAUUGGCCCAAAUUUAAACAUCAUAAAAUAUAUCAAUAACAUAUUCAGUUACAAGUUCUGACUUUUGCAACAUUACUCAAUAUAAAAGGUAUUAAAGCUUCAUAUUAGUGUAACGUAACUUUCUUAGUUUCUUCAAAUCAAACACAGGAAGCACCGUGUGGAUUGUAUGUCUCCUCUGUUUGAAAGAAUCUAUUUGAUUUGUUUAGAUGCUAACUCAUUCAUUAUUUUGAAAAGUACAUUUGAAGACAGAAAACAAUUUCCACUUUAAACAGUAGAUGGUUUUCUUGACUUUCUAAUCAGUGAUGAUCAAGUGACUUAGACUGAUGUCAAUGCAUUAAAUUAAUUCCUCAAAUGCUUUUGAUCUUUAUCAGCAUUUAACUCUGCCCUCAAGUUAUUCAGAAUAUAAUUGCUUUGAGUUCAGUGUUCACUGAACAACAUUAACCCACUGCCUUUAUGUAAAUUGAUCUAAAUUACAAUCCAUAGAAUCUUGACAGCACUCUGUUGGUGGCACAGAGCCUAAAAGUCUAUAGAAACAUACGUAAUUAGGUAAAUGCCUUUGCAAAGUCCUAAAUGCAUUUAUGUGAUUUCUUAUUGUAUCUUUCCUGAUGAAGGGCUUUUGCCCGAAUCGUUGAUUCGCCUCCUCCUCGGUUGCUGGCUGAUCUGCUGUGCUUUUCCAGCAACACACUCUUGUCUCCAAGCCAGUUCUGAGUUUCCAUGUGCUUAUCUGAGUGAGUCAGUGGGGAACAGAGAUCUUUACCUUCUGACAUUAGGGUCACUCCCUGGUCAUAGGGCAAGAGAUGUUCCUGCUAUAAAGUACAUAGCACUUGAAAAGUUGGAAACCUUUGCAGCAGAAUUGUUUAGGUUAAAAAAAUGCCAAGACAUGAUCAUAAAAAAAAUUAUCAAUGCAAAUGCACUUUCAGAACUCAAAGUUGAAGGUACAUUAGGAUUCAUUUUGGUCAUUUUGUGGACUGUUGGCCUUUAAUAUCUUUCAUGCUACUGGUAAGCCAAUGAUAGAGUAUGGUGCAUGUUUGGUACAAGUAAAACAUUUGACAUAUAACCCUUCAGUGAAAUGAAUAUGAUUAAUAUAUUUGUCAGAAACUGGAGAGUGGAAUAAACUGCUCUCCAGUGAUCUGUGACCACUCUCCCACAAUCUUUCAAUUUCAGUACGAACCUCAGCAAAAGCAAAACAUCGCAGAUACCUGAAAUCCAAAAUGAAAACAGAAAAUACUAGAAAUAGUCAGCAGGUCAGGGAUCUGUUGAGAGUGAAGCAGAGUUACAGGGCAUAAUGUUCUUACUGGAGAUGGGCUUGAGAGUGAGCAGGGUGUGGAAGUCCUGGUUAAGAUGUUGUUCAAUACCUCUAACACUUCCCCACAACUUCCAGGUAUUCUCUGAGUAGGUGUGAAGGUGAGUAAGGAAUUCCCAAGGAUAUGUAAGGUCAUUAAUUAAAAGGCAUUUGAGAUAGUUAAAGAUCUGGUACAGCUUCUUUUGACCCUAAAUCCUGAAUUUCCUCACCAUGGAUCCUGUUCCCUCCCCUGUUAGCAACUUUCCAGGGUUACCAAAGUGCGUGCACAGUGGGAAGAGUUUCUUCAGUGGAAUUGACAAAUUGGGAAGACAUUGAUCAAGAGACUGAAUGUGAAUGUAAGUUCAGAUGGGAUAGCUGUAGAGAUAGGGAGGACCAGAUUAAUGCACUGGCAACAGGGAUCCAAAUCCCCCAAUGGCUGCUGUUAGAAUUUAAAAAUAAUUAAUUUUUUAAAACCUGGAAUUGGAAGCCAGUCUUAGUUUUGGUGACCAUGGAACUAUUGUUGAUUGUCAUAAAAACUCAUCUGGUUCAGUAAGGAUUGAAACUGCCAUCCUUUCCCAAACCGGCCUACAUGUGUCUUUGGAACUAUUUUUAUGUGUUUGACUCUUAAUUGGCCAAGUAAGAUAAAGAGCAAUUCAAGAAGGGCAAUAAAUGAUGCACUUGUGAAUGACACACAAAUCCCAUAAAAGAACAAUGAAAGUGUGCCAUUGUCUGUUUUCGAGAAAGCCCACCACAUCUUGUGUGGCACUUACCACACUUUAACGUGCCACCAGCAGGCCAUCUCCCAAGAUCAAAGAUUCUUUCUGCCUUGCAAAAAGUGCUGACCAAUCAGGGGCUGGCAACUUUUUUGUAUGCAACAGUGCCACCAGCUAGGUGGCUGUUGCUGGGAUUACAUCUAUCUAGGGCCUUGGAUUGUGUUAGUGGCGAGAGGAUGGGGAGUGAAGAAACAGUGUGGAAACUGGUCAGCAGCAAGUGAGUUGGCUUCCCAUUGGACAUCUUCUUUCUGAUGCUGCAUUCCUCAAUCAGACACUGAGUGUCUUUGAAUGAGGGAAUCUUCGGCGGCCUGCAAGCAACACAGCACAGGAUUGUUUGCCAAGCUCCCUGGGUGGUGAGCCAUAUGCUUGCUGCUAAGUUAAUAUCCCACUUAAAUCCCAUAAUUGACAACACCAUGGGAACACCAUUCGCAGAUUUUCUCACCUCAGACUUAUUUAUAUUGGGGGAAAAAAAACAAAAUAACUGCGGAUGCCAGAAAUAAGAAACAAAAAUAGAAAUUGCUGAAACAU